AUGAGGGCCUAUUUCAAAUGGCCAAACGUUUGUCUCGUAUAUCCGACAAUCCUGGUUUUAGGUACCAUAAUCAACACAAUCGUUAGGGAAGAAACUUUGGAUCGCCAAAAACAUGAAUAUUACAUCCUUAGUUCGAAGAACAUAUUGAAUAGAGUAUUUGCUUAUAAUGGGAACCUAAUAUGGGCCAUGCUGUUUGGCAUGAUGGCAUAUUUUCAGGUAUGGAUAAGGAUACGAACGCAAGAUUUAUUACCGAGAGAUGCACAAAUAAUUAAUCGACAGAGAUUACAACGCUUAAUUAAGCAAUACAUUGUUAAAUUCGUCUUGAAAUAUUUAUUAUUAUUCAUUACAUUUUUAUUUAUUGAUGGGUUAUUCCUAUUUACUGGUGGACAAUGUACAUAUGGGUUGGGGAUAUGGUCAGCUGAAAAAUGUAAAAAUGAAGGUGGUCAUUGGGAAGGUGGAUUCGAUAUUAGUGGGCAUUUUUGCUUCUUAAUGAACGUUAGUUUAAUACUGUGGUGUGAGUUAUCCAUCCUGGAAAGAUACUUAAGGGAUGAAGAAUUAGAAAUGGAAACCAUAAUCACUAACUACUCAGUACUUCUAAAAUGCAUCUUGUAUCUUUGGAUGUCUAUGCUUUGCGUUACCGCCAUUUAUUAUCAUACAUUACUAGAAAAAAUUCUGGGAUGUCUUCUUGGAUAUUGUUGUCCCUUGAUAAUGUAUUGGCUGAUACCGAACCACUAUAAAUUAAACCAUAUAUUGUAUUCAUGA